GUGGCAGUCUCGAUGCUAUCCAUGACAUAACUGUGGCAUACCCCCAAAACAUUCCUCAGACGGAGAAGCACCUUUUGAAUGGAAACUUCCCAAAGGAGAUUCACUUCCACAUCCAGAGAUAUCCCAUAGAGACAGUGCCCACUUCAAAGGAGGAGCUGCAGCUUUGGUGCCGGAAGCGUUGGGAAGAGAAAGAGGAGAGACUCCGACACUUCUAUGAAGGUGGAAAAUGCUUCAGUGCAACAGGGCAAAGCAUUAUUCCACCAUGUAAAUCUGAGCUCAGGGUCCUCGUGGUUAAGUGCGUCUCGCUCCUGUAUUGGACGGUGUUCCCACUGGGUAUGCUUGCACUGCUGUACCUGUACAGCUUUGCACGAUGGUAUUUUGCAGCCAUGAUCGUCUUUUUUGUUGUGCAGCAGAAGAUAUUUGGUGGGCUGGAACUAAUUGAACUCGCUUGUCAUCGAAGUUUUAAAAAGCAACAGAAAUGUCACAAUAUGAAAAUAAAAAACAAUUAG